AUGCAUUUCUCCACUCUUUUUAACGCAGCCCUUGUCGCUGUCGUCAGCUUCAGCGAUGUCACAACUGCCCACGUCGUGUUUGUAGAUGCAUACGGAAACGCCAAUGCUCAUGUUCACGGCUUCGGUCUUGGACAUCACGCAGGCACUACCCGAAAGGGUUUUGCUCAAUACCCGCAACAAAGAGAUAUCGCAGUUUUCAACCAGAGACCUGUGCAUACUGGUUGGUGGAAGGGUUAUCUUAAGAACACUUGCGGUGUUUCCAUUCUUUCCGUCACUCAGUGGUAUCAAAAGUUCCAUCCCGCUAAAUGGAGCGGAAAGGGUAUCACCGAUGCUAAGAGGAGGUGGUAUUGGGCCCAGGCUGCCAACGCCGGAGCAUACAUUUCUAUCAAGGGCAAUAUUGAUUGGAUGAUUAACUCGGAGGUGGCCAAGGGGACGAGAACUGAUAUCGCUACUGGACGAAAGGGAAUCAAGAACGGUAUUCCUAAGGUCACCGCUGGUGGUGUUUUGAACAUUUUGGCCUGGCAGGUAAAUGCCGAUGGCGGUGGACACUUCAAGUGUAACCUCGACACCUGGGCCAACGGAAAGGCAUUCUCGGUCCCCCUCAAGGUUCUCAAGAACUGUGGCGGUACCAAAGCCUCCAUCCAUAUCGCAGGUGUUCAAAAGACCUGUUGGUUCAAAGUAGCAAUGCCUGCAAACUUGAACUGCCUCGGAAGCUCGACAACUGGAAAGAAUACCUUCAAGGAUCUUUGCAUCGUGAGAUGUGAAAACAGUGCCAGGAACGGCCCCUUCGGAGGAUGCGUCCCAAUCCAACAAAUCAGGCCAAAGCCACCACCACCACCAAAGCCAGUUGUUGUUACUGUUAGACCCGCACCAGUCACCGUCACCGUCAAGCAGGGCAAUGUUGUCACUGUCACCAAGGGUGAUGUCGUUGCCGUCCCCAAUACUCGGAUCUCUACUAUAACCCGCGCUCAAGUUCUCACCGUCACCCAAGGCCAAGUUAUCACAAUCAUCGUCAAGGGUGUUGCGAAACCCACAACUUGCACCAAGAAGGGUGUUAUUACCAUCACCAACGAGUCCCGCGUCACUGUUACCCAACAGAGCACUGUCACGGUUGACAACAAGUCUGUUGUUACUGUUACCCAAGAUAGCAUUGUCACCAUCACCAAGGCCCCAGAAAUUGUUACUACUACCAAGGAGGCAACUACUACCACUAUUCUACCAACUGCCGAUCCCGAAGAUGGUGAUGCCAAUAAGGCUGAACCUACUUCUGAGGGUACCAGGACUCCCACACCUGAGGAAGUCGAGGCAGCCAAGGGUGGAGAAGAAAUCGAUCCGGAAGAUCUUGAGGAAGCCAAGGACGAGAAGAUUGACGAGAAGACCAAGGAGGAACUUGAAGAGGCGGUUGAAGACCAGAAGGCAGGUGGCAAGACAGGUGAGGAACCCCCAGCGGAGGAAGUUGAAGAGAUGGGCUACGAUUAA